AUGUCCAGCGCUGUAAUCCACGCCGACGAUGACGAUGUCCUCGACCCUACCCUCCAAAACCUGAUCGACCAGAAGUCAUUGAGAUGGAUCUUCGUGGGAGGCAAAGGUGGUGUGGGCAAGACUACAACCUCUUGUUCUCUGGCCAUCCAGAUGGCAAAGAAGAGAAAAUCCGUGUUGCUCAUCUCCACGGAUCCUGCACACAACCUGAGCGACGCAUUCAGCCAAAAGUUCGGCAAAGACGCAAGACUAGUUGAGGGUUUCACCAAUCUGAGUGCCAUGGAGAUUGACCCCAACGGGAGCAUUAACGACUUGAUCAGUGGUGCCGGAGACGAAGCUCAGGAUGCCAUGUCAGGACUGGGUGGCAUGGGGAACAUGAUGCAAGAUCUGGCCUUCAGUAUUCCUGGCGUUGAUGAAGCCAUGUCCUUUGCAGAAGUUCUGAAACAAGUCAAGUCGCUAUCAUACGAGGUCAUCAUCUUCGACACCGCCCCGACCGGUCAUACUCUACGCUUCCUCCAAUUCCCCACCGUCUUGGAGAAGGCUCUGGCCAAAAUCUCCCAGCUGUCCAGCCAGUUCGGUCCGAUGUUGCAGUCCGUCAUUGGCGCAAGAGGUGGUCUUCCCGGUGGCGGCAGUCUUGACGACUUGACCCAGAAACUCGAGACAUUGCGCGAGACGAUUGCCGAGGUCAACGGACAAUUCAAAAAUCCCGACAUGACCACCUUUGUGUGUGUCUGCAUUGCUGAGUUCCUGUCGCUGUACGAGACGGAACGGAUGAUUCAGGAGUUGGCCAGUUACCACAUCGACACGCAUUGCAUCGUGGUCAAUCAGCUGUUGUUCCCGGAGAAGGAGAACCAUUGCAAGCAAUGCAACGCGAGAAGAAAGAUGCAGAAGAAGUAUCUCGAUCAGAUCGAAGAGCUGUACGACGAUUUCAAUAUCGUCAAGAUGCCUCUACUCACCGACGAAGUACGAGGUGUAGAGAGCUUGAAGAGGUGA